GUCUGAUCCUUCUCUCCCCCAACGUCAUCUGUCGGAAAAUAGCUGAUCCCACCAUAAUCGGCGGAUUUAGCCGACAUUUUCUAAUGUGUAUUGGGGCCCAAAAAGAGUGUUCCCAUCUGAAUAGGAAAUAACAAACAGAUCGGUGGGGGCCCGACCAUUGGGAAUCCCCCCUUUUAACACUGUUCAUCCUGAUCUUCCUGGUUCAUCCACAGCUGUGUUUGCCAACCAGAGUGCCUUCAUCUGUUGGAAAACUACAACUCUCAGCAUGCCCGGACAGCCUUCCUGAUUAGGACUGUUCAUCCUGGUCUUCCUGGUUCAUCUACAGCUGUGUUUCCCAACCAGAGUGCGUUCAUCUGUCGGAAAACUACAACUCCCAGCAUGCCCGGACAGCCUUCGGGAUUAGGACUGUUCAUCCUGAUCUUCCUGGACCAUGGAAACCUUCAGUUCCAAAGAUCUUGCUCUCCAGGCGCAAAAGAAAAUCUUGAGUCGCAUGGCCAGUAAAUCCAUGGUGAACAUGUUCAUAGACGAAACAAGUAGUGAGGUCUUGGAUGAACUGUACAGAGUGUCGAAAGAAUACACCAAAAACAAAGCAGAGUCUCAAAAAGUCAUCAAGAACUUGAUCAAGAUUGCGGUAAAAAUCGGCGUCUUGUAUCGUCACAACCGUUUCAGCCCCGAGGAACUGGUCCUGGCCCAAGAUUUCAAGAACAAGUUACACAACGGAGCUAUGACGGCCAUUAGCUUCUAUGAAGUGGAAUUUACUUACGAGAAGGAUGUGCUGCCCGAAAUCCUCACCGAAUGCAAAAACUUGCUCCUUCGUCUCGUCGACAAGCACCUGACCCCUAAGUCCCAUGGCCGUAUCCAGCAUGUUUUCAACCACUUCGCAAACGGGGAGAUGCUCAGUCAACUCUAUGACCCUGAGGGGUCUAUGAAGCCCCAUCUACAGAAGAUCUGUCACGGGAUGAACAAAUUAAUAGAUGACGGGAAACUGUGAUUGACAUUAGCAGGGACAUAGUGCAAAAUGUUGGACUCAACUUGGAGACUUGAGGAACAUUCAGGAUUUUGCCCCUUAAGGAAACCGCCCUCAGGAGCCGUGAACUGGUGUUGUGUUGAUGAGAUGAACGGUUCCCGUGUGUCAUCGAUGGGAUAUCCAAAUAAAAAAGACUAUGAAAGUUGUACAACAGGGAUACAUUGUAUUCUGCUGCAUACAGUAGAUCUUACAAAAACUUGGUCUUCAAGAUACCACCUAGGGAUAGGCUGUUUAUCAAUUUGUCUUGCUCCAAAAAUGUUGAAAACUUUUGGAAAAAAAAAACGAUAACAUACAUGGACCUUCAGGGUCUCCAGUGGAGAUAACUGGUUGUUGAUGGGUUCUGCGCCACCCUACAACCUGAACAUUCGUCUACAUCUUAGCGUUUACAAGACAGGAACCUGCCUGGAAAUUUUACGUUGCAUGUUCUUUGACUUUUAAGCAUUUGGUACACAUAGGGCAUAUUUGGUGUUAUGGUGAGUUACAGAGACUGCCGGCAGCUCAGAACACAAAAAGUGGCACCAAACUAUUUGGCUAUGCAAUAAUUAAAGGGAUACCUUGGUGCCCCAUGGUUGUCCCUGGUAUUUAAUGAUGUGUAUUUUUUUUUUUUAUCAUGAAUUCCGGGGCUUUCGGGCCUAGGUUGACUAUUACUGUUCUUCUCUUGCAGACCAAACUAAUGUUUACAGACCCUUGGGAACUUUUGUCUAUCUCUAGAUUAGAAUGAAGUACCCAACAUAAAGGGACAUUAUAAAUUAAAGGGGUACUUUGCCCCUAGACAUCUUUUCCCCUAUCCAAAGGACUCUGGGGACCCCGCGUUCUCGGCUGCAGCACCCCAGACAUCCGGUGCACGGAGCGAACUUCGCUCCAUUAUGGAUGACUGGCGAUGCGGGGCGGAGGC